AGUGAGUGCUGCUGUUGCGGGAGAGCGAGCGACGCGGCGAAGGGCAGCGGAGGCGGUGAGUGAGGGCGGCGGCGGCGGCUCCAGAAGCGCACCCGGCAGCUCCAGGGAGGCGGCGCGGCAGGCACCGGCGGACACCAGCGGACGCCAGCGGACACCGGCAGGCGAGGCCGGCGCGAGCGGUAGGAGGCGGCGGCUGCAGCUCGGUGGCGGCUCAGGCGGCGAGGAUGCUGCCGGGGAGGCUGUGCUUGGUGCCGCUCCUGCUGGCGCUGGGCGUAGGGAGCGGCGGCGGCAGUGGAGACGGCGGAGACAGCCGGCGGCGCCGCCUCCUCGUGGCGAAAGUCAAUAAACACAAGCCAUGGAUCGAGACAUCGUAUCACGGAGUCAUAACUGAGAACAAUGACACAGUCAUCUUGGACCCUCCACUGGUUGCCCUGGAUAAAGAUGCCCCAGUGCCUUUUGCAGGGGAAAUCUGUGCAUUCAAGAUCCAUGGACAGGAGCUGCCCUUUGAGGCUGUGGUGCUCAAUAAGACAUCUGGAGAGGGCCGGCUCCGCGCCAAGAGUCCCAUCGACUGUGAGCUGCAGAAGGAGUACACGUUCAUCAUCCAGGCCUAUGACUGUGGUGCGGGGCCUCGGGAAGCAGCCUGGAAGAAGUCACACAAGGCUGUGGUCCACAUCCAGGUGAAGGAUGUCAAUGAGUUUGCACCCACCUUCAAAGAGCCAGCCUACAAGGCCAUCGUCACGGAGGGCAAGAUCUAUGACAGCAUCCUGCAGGUAGAAGCCAUUGAUGAGGACUGCUCCCCGCAGUACAGCCAGAUUUGCAACUAUGAAAUUGUCACAACGGAUGUGCCUUUUGCCAUUGACAGAAAUGGCAACAUCAGGAACACUGAGAAGCUGAGCUAUGACAAGCAACACCAGUAUGAGAUCCUGGUAACCGCUUAUGACUGUGGACAGAAACCCGCCGCUCAGGACACCCUGGUGCAGGUGGACGUGAAACCAGUGUGCAAGCCCGGCUGGCAAGAUUGGACCAAAAGGAUUGAGUACCAGCCUGGCUCGGGGAGUAUGCCCUUGUUCCCCAGCAUCCACCUGGAGACAUGCGAUGGAGCUGUGUCCUCCCUCCAGGUCACUGCGGAGCUGCAGACUAAUUACAUCGGCAAGGGCUGUGACCGAGAGACCUACUCUGAGAAAUCCCUUCAGAAAUUAUGUGGCGCAUCCUCGGGUAUCAUCGAUCUCUUGCCGUCCCCUAGCGCAGCUACCAACUGGACUGCGGGGCUGCUGGUGGACAGCAGUGAGAUGAUCUUCAAGUUUGACGGCAGGCAGGGUGCCAAGAUCCCUGAUGGGAUCGUGCCCAAGAACCUGACGGACCAGUUCACCAUCACCAUGUGGAUGAAACAUGGCCCCAGCCCCGGCGUGAGAGCCGAGAAGGAAACUAUCCUCUGUAACUCAGAUAAAACUGAAAUGAACCGGCAUCACUAUGCCCUGUAUGUGCACAACUGCCGCCUCGUCUUCCUCCUGCGGAAGGACUUUGACCAGGCAGACACCUUUCGCCCUGCAGAGUUUCACUGGAAGCUGGACCAGAUUUGUGACAAAGAGUGGCAUUACUAUGUCAUCAAUGUGGAGUUCCCUGUGGUUACCCUGUACAUGGAUGGAGCAACAUAUGAACCAUACCUGGUGACUAAUGACUGGCCCAUUCAUCCAUCUCACAUAGCCAUGCAACUUACUGUCGGCGCCUGUUGGCAAGGAGGCGAAGUGGCCAAACCACGGUUUGCACAAUUUUUCCAUGGCAGCCUUGCCAGUCUCACAAUCCGUCCUGGCAAAAUGGAAAGCCAGAAGGUGAUUUCUUGUUUGCAGGCCUGCAAAGAAGGGCUGGAUAUUAAUUCCUUGGAAAGCCUUGGGCGAGGGAUAAAGUAUCACUUCAACCCUUCACAGUCCAUCCUCGUGAUGGAAGGCGAUGACAUUGGGAACAUCAACCGAGCCCUCCAGAAAGUCUCCUAUAUCAACUCCCGGCAAUUCCCAACAGCAGGGGUCCGGCGCCUCAGACUCUCUUCCAAAGUCCAGUGCUUUGGAGAAGAUGUGUGCAUCAGCAUCCCAGAUGUGGAUGCCUACAUCAUGGUCUUACAGGCCAUUGAGCCCCAGAUCACCCUCCAGGGAACAGAGCGUUUCUGGAGACCUGCUGCCCAGUUUGAAAGUGCCAGAGGAGUGACUCUCUUCCCUGACAUCAAGAUUGUGAGCACCUUUGCCAAGACUGAGGCCUCCGGGGACAUGAGAGCCACAGGUACAGCCCCCAAAUCAGCAGUCUUGGAAGAAAUGCUACACAAUUUGGAUUUCUGUGACAUUUUGGUGCUUGGAGGGGACUUGGAUCCAAGGCAAGAGUGCUUGGAGCUCAACCACAGUGAGCUCCACCAACGACACCUUGAUGCCACCAACUCAACUGCUGGCUACUCCAUCUAUGGUGUGGGCUCCAUGAACCGCUAUGAGCAGGUGCUGCAUCACCUCCGUUACCGCAACUGGCACCCCACGUCCCUUGAGACCCGGAGGUUCCGGAUCAAGUGCUCAGAACUCAACGGGCGUUACACUAGCAAUGAGUUCAACUUGGAGGUCAGUGUCCUCCAUGAAGUGAGAGUCUCUGACAAGGAACAUGUCAACCACCUUAUUGUGCAGCCACCCUUUCUCCAGUCUGUCCAUCACCCUGAGACCCGGAGUAGUAUCCAGCGCAGUUCAGUGGUCCCGAGCAUCGCCACUGUCGUCAUCAUUAUCUCUGUGUGCAUGCUAGUGUUUGUUGUGGCCAUGGGUGUGUACCGAGUCCGAAUUGCCCACCAGCAUUUUAUCCAAGAGACUGAGGCUGCCAAGGAAGCUGAGAUGGACUGGGAUGACUCUGCACUGACUAUCACUGUCAACCCUAUGGAGAAACAUGAAGGCCCAGGGAACGGGGAAGAUGAAACCACCGAAGUAGAGGAAGAGGAGGAAGCAGAGGAAGGCUCGAGCUCCAGCAGCAGUGGUUCCGAUGACAGCGAAGAGGAAGAAGAGGAAGGGAUGGGCAGAGUCAGACAUGGGCAGAGCGGCACCAGGCAAGCCCAGCUGGAGUGGGAUGACUCCACCCUCCCCUACUAGUGCCCAUGGGGCUGAUGAGCAGCGCGUGUGCCCCUUUUGUAAAACCCAACCCAAUGUAUGCCCAAGCCUGUCACACUCACCUCUGGUUUCUAUGACAGGUCUGGGAAGGCCAUCAGCUUCCUUGAAUCUACCCUCUAUGCUUUGGGUACUGCCUAUGUCCCAACCAUGGAGCAGUUGCCAGAGCCCAGUGUCACCAUCCAUGGGGACUGCAGGGUGGUUACAUUGUCCUGUAGCCCUCACUUCUUUCUGCUCGGGGCUCACCCAGAAUCCUGUCACCCAACCUGCAGAGUUCUGAUCACCUUGCUCUUUUCUGCAGGGGAGGAGCUCCCACUUUGUGUCACUUGCCACCCCUAGACUCAGUGUUUUCAAACUCCUUGGGUUAUAACUCACUGUGUACGUACUUGACUAAAUAGCCUUUCUCCACCUACACCAGCAGGUCUUCCCUAUGCUGGGUCUCCAGGUUGCUUUAUACAGACAAAGCUGUAGAGUCUCACUCAUAUACCUAAGACCUUAGGGCUUAAGAAUUGAAAAGAAAGCCUUUGCUGGGGCAGAAUUGAGUUUCCAUGGAAAGGCCCGAAGUGUAUGCGUAUAUGUGCGCACACACACACACACACACACACACACACACACACACACAGAGAGAGAGAGAGAGACACACACACACACACUUCUGAACUUGGAGAGCCUUUCUUUUUACUUCUUCUGAGACUAAGUAAGCCGUAUAACAAGUUCAAAACCAAGAGUUAGUUGGAUUUUGGCCAUAAGUAGAGUGUGUCCUCAUCAUAGGCUCGCUGACCAGCUUUCCAACCUGCCUAGGCAAUGUCUAAACCCACGUGGCUGCUCUGCCCAGGGCUAUCACCAUGGCAGAACCACAGGGCCCAGGAAGCACGUCAUACAGGCACUCUUCAAGGGACAGCUUGGGCAUGGAUGUCACUAGGAGCCAAAGAAAGGAUUGAUGGGAUGACCCAGCAAGGCUUCAUGGUCGAUAAAGAUCUACUUUGGGUUUGGUAUAGCUGGACUCUCCCAUAUAAGGAUAGCCUAAAGGUUGGCAAGGCUGUCACCACCCAGCCUGUGCUCCCUUAUCUCCUAUGUUACUGUUUUCUCUUUGGGACAUAACAUCAUUUCAGAUGUAGUCGAACAAAUGUAGGCUCUACCAGUCUGAGAUGUUAGUUAGGAAAUGUAACUGCUAGGGAUUCAAAGUAUAUGUGUAACAAUAACAGCUGCUGCUUUCUUCUUCUCGUAAAAGGAGGAUGCUUUGAAUAGAGGGCAAAUAUAUCAAAACCUUAAUUUCUUGUUCUUUCUUCUUAUUUUAAUAAGAAAGACUUUUCCAUCUCCAUUCUAACGUGGGCACUUUGUGAGGAGAAUUGUUGCUAUAGUAACUGGUGGACAAUCUUUUGUGGCCCAGAGAAUAGCAGGCAAGAAUUAACUCCAUUAUAAGAGUUCCACAAGGCUUUGAGGACAUGUUUGUUUCAAACAUCUUGAGCUCCUCUUUGUUCUCAAUCUGUAUAGGUCAUCCCCAUCAUCCUACUCUGUCCCAUGCCCAUCCUGAAUUGGCUUGGACCAGGUCCACAAUUGGUCUCUCAUCACAUAGCAUUCAGAUCCAACUGAAUGUUGAAUCUUCCCUGUGUCAUCUAAACAGAGCAUUCAGGGAGCGAUUAUAGCUGAUGUCCUCUAGCACUCUGCUCACCCUCCAGGUAUCAAGGAUCCACACCAGCUCUUUGCAACCUUCUGGCUGGGGAGAUCUACCUUAUGUUGUUUUUCCAUCUCUCAGAGUGUUUUGUGCAUACAUUCUCUUUCAUAAGCCUUUGGAUAACACCGUGAAGUGUUUGAGAAAUAGAUUAUUAGGGACAUUUUUGUGAUAGGUAAACUGAGGCUCAGAGUCAGUAUCCUGUUCAGAGUCAUUCCAAGGUACAGACUACCCCUCUGCUCCCCACCCAUGGUUCUACUUACAUUCACAUUAACAUGUAUUUCUGAGCAUCUACUAUUUGCUAAGCACGCUAGCAGCAGCAAUAGGAAUGUGAUGAAGCAGAAUGAGACAGACCUUCCCCCACAGAGGACUCAGGAGUUACUGAAGGGACACAACCAGGCAUGGAAAUUAUACAGGAGACAGGAGGAUGAAAUAUCAGAUGCCACUGGAAGAAGAGGAACAUAUUUACCAACCCGUGCCCUAAUUUUUCUCUCUUGGAAGAAAUGCAAGAUUUUUAUAUUCACUGAAAGGAAAUAGACAUCUCUUGUGAACUACCCCAGUCAAAUACCCCCUUUUCUGUCAGGCCAUUUCUGCACAUUUACAAGGGGGAAAAUCUACAGAAAGGAUUAGGUUUUACAAUCCUAUUAUUUAAAUAAUAAGACAUUCUUCAGUCUAGCAUUUAGUAGCUACUGAAUUCUCCCAAGAUUAUGUCCAUAAAGGGAACAGUUUGCAUGUUUAAAACCAAUCCUUUUUGAAUGAGAUUUUGAUUGCAAAUAUUUAAGUCUAGAGUUUGAGAGCACUUUGCUCUGCUCUGACUUUUCAGUGCUGAGUGGUAGAUGGCUGUUCCCAUGUCCCCCUGGGCUACCUCUUGUGGCUGCAUUCCUCAUUCGUGGUUGGGCAAGUUGUUUGGGCUAUUAGAAUGCCUUUAUGGGUUUUUUUUGGGGGGGGUGGGGGUAGAAGAGAGGCAAAUGAAAGCUAGGAAGCUUUGGGGGUAUGGCAGCCAAGAUGUAUCAAUCAGUUCAGGAGCCAUUUGGCAACAUAAAUUUGCAGGGAAAUAGUGGUGACACAAACUAAAGCCUUCCCCUCCUUUCUCACGGCACAAAGUCACUCUGCAUGCCAACUCCAAAGCCAAAGCAUCUAAGUGAUAUUCCUGGGACAACAGGCUUUUAUUCUGUUCCCAACACUCACUUAACCUUGGUUAAGAUCAAGGAAGGAGUGGUUAUAAAAUAGUGACCUUCAGCAGGUAUCCAGGUGAGUGGUAGGUCAAGGCAUAGGCCUCCCAACAACUACUCUGACCAGGAAUGCAAGGCACUAAUCACACUGGCUUUUCCCAGUGUCCAGAGUAUGGUAUCUUGAAACCAAAGUUCCCAGAUGACCUGGACACCAUGGGACCCCUAGGAAGAGGUGAGCAACCAAGGAAAGGCAGAUUCCGCCCCGAAGAGAAUGAACUGACAGGUGUGGCCAUAGAUUCGUCCAUUGCGUUUCUUGCCAAAUGGACAACCUGGGUCUGCUCUUCAGAGCUUGAAGAUAGGUGGGCUGCGAGUCUCAGGUAACUCAGAAGGUUGGGAGGAGGAGAAGCAGGAGGAUGCCAGUGAGUUUCCCCAGUGGAGAAAAGCCAUUAAACCCACUGAAGAAGUGUCUCAAGGAAUCCUGAGUGUAUUCAAGUAGAUUUAAGCAAAUUCUGUAAGUCUGACUAAGGCCCCAAGUCACACAGGUACAAAGGACUAUGAUUGCUGUGGCAGAACUUUCUGAGAACUUUAUUGAAUUAACCAUUCAUUUUGACCACUCACAGUUUAGACCAAAUUUUCUGACCUUAACAAGAGAGUUUGUCUCAAGGGACACCCACCAAGUCUCCAUGGAGAUAACCACUGUUAGAAAAACAGCGCCCCCUUCCCGUGUACCAGAGAUCAGCAAACCAUCUAUAGAGAUCCAGAGAGGAAAGAAAGCCUUAGGGUUGUGCAGGGCCAUUUGUUCUCAAUGUUACUCUUCUAAACCCUGCCUGGUGCCAUGGAAGCAGAUUCAUACAGUGCCCAAGCAAAGGAACACUCCAGUUAGUCCCGCCAUCUACUUUCCAGUAAAACUAAUCUAUGAGACUGAAGGGAAAAAGGGGCUACUUGAAUUCAUUGAAUUUUCAUGUCAUAAACUUUUUACUCUCUUAUUUCUCAUUUUCUACUCAAAACUUAGCCUGCUAGACAUCUAGAAAGCUAGCCACUAGGCAGAUCCAUGUGAGGCUGACUCUCACCCUCAAUACAUAAAAAGCAUCCAUCCCUCCCCCAUCCCUCUACCCCAAAGAAAACACCCAACAGCUCCCUAGUGGUCAUUGCCUUGAAUUGAACAGCUGGAAAACUCUGGGUUCUUUCAUUAAAGCUCUCUUAGAAGUUCACAGGAGACUGGAGAAAACGCAAAAGAAACCGGUAAAUGAGCAACCAAAAUCCCACUUGUUAUUUCUGAAUUGAAGAAAUCAGACAAAUAUUCCUAAGGGUUGGAUGCCUAGACCCAGAGACCUGGGUAAUCACUGAGCACAGGGGCUUCCUCCUCUGCUGUGGCAAGUGCUAACUCCCCAGGCUAAGCACCUUCCUGGCAGGGCUCAGUCCAUAAUGAUUUCUAAGCAGGAGUGUUCAUUAUCUGGGACUGAUUUUCAUUUCAGCCCUGUUCAUGUCUUCGCUCUAAAAAUGAUCCUAAAGACUUGUGGCUGUUCAAAUCAAUAGCAACACAAUCAGCAGAAAGCCCUACCCAGCAACACUUCAAAAUUAACAGCCUCCUUGCCUCUAUGACUCAAUAUUAGCUGCAAAGAAAAGAGUGCUUUUUCUUAAUCAUCUCCCCAUUUAAAUUAACCAGAUAGGCUUUGCAAAAAAAAGUGAGCGAAUAAGUCUAACUCUUUAGAAAAGUGGGUGAUGUUCACGGAACAUAUGGCCUCUGGAGGAUCCCCAAAGCCUCCUGCAAUAUGCUCAGCCAGGUUCCAAUGUUGCAGGCUUCUCUAUCUGUGCCAGACAUUUAUCGAGGCUGACAAGCCAAAGCCCUUGGCACGGUUUAAUUUUCAUGUCACCACGUUCCGUUGUCCAGCUGGAGGCAAAGGGAAUGAGCAGUGUAAGUUUCCAAGUCAACUCCAGGACCUUCACUUGCCUGUCUUUAUUUGUUUUACUUUAUACGUUUACCCUGUAUUAGCUCCCUUCUGACACUGGUUGGAAAGGGGAAGCUGGUGUUUUCCGGGAGCUACAAAUUAGGAGCUAAGCUUGACUUUGUCCCAUGGUAACAAAGAGAGACAGAAGUUAUCUCCAUGAGCAUGCCAGAGAGCGAUUGCAUUGAGUCACUAGGCAGAUGGAAGUCUCUGUUUGCACCUAUGUUCCAUAAAUUCAGCAAGUCCUCACCAAGCACCCGUGUGUGCUUGAUUCUAAGCCAAGGAACAGGAGAGAGAGGAUGAACUAGAGAGAAGCCUCCUCCGCUCUUGUAGUGUCAGAGGGUUCCACACGCAGGACUGCCGGGGGGAAAGUUUAAGAUGCAGUCAUCUAGUUUAAGUCAGAUGGUAGGGAUGAUCCUAGGGAUGCUGAAGGGCCUCCAUGAGCAGAGAGAGCUCCAGGAAAGUGAGCAACAUGCUCCGAAAUUCUCCUUCGUUAUCAUGGCUCGGGUCAUGUGUAGAGGAAAGCCUUUCCCUUUAUAGAGAAAUAAUUUGGCUGAUGGCUGAGAGUUGGUGAAGCUGAGAUGGAGGUAGUCCUCAAAUAGAAGCAGUAGGCAGGCAGACCAGGAAAAUUAUGAACAGUGGUUUAAAUGGGUUCAAGAGGCUUACAGCCCCCCUGAUGGCUGAGAGUUGGUGAAGCUAAGACAGAGGUAGUCCUCAAAAAGAAGGAGUAGGUAAGUAGACCAGGAAAAUUAUGAACAGUGCUUUAAGUGGGUCCAGGGGGCUUCCAGCCAAAGCCCAGGGUCUGGCCCGCCUGAUGCAAGGUUCACACAUGAAGGACUGAGCUCUGGCUGGGUGAUCCGCAGGGCAGCUGCAGCCGCAGUCUCAGCAGCACUCCGGAAACUAGUAAGGCACACUCUACAAGUGAGGCUUCAGCAAGCUGCACUCUGAGAACAAAGCUUAGGAAGGCCAGGGUUUCAGCGCUGUCUCUGUGGAGGCCAGCCUGUGCUGGCACUUGGAGGAGGGAGAAUGGCAAAUGCCGUCACAAUUCAGACACUAAGUUAGAUGGGUAAUGGACUGCUUCUCUUGGAAGGACAGUAUCCCGUGUUGCUAAAAGUAGGAGAAAGAGAAAAAGGAAAAGAAAAGUCAAAGCUGCAGCUUCAUCUACAGUGGGAAUCUCAUUCCUAUAGUCCAUAUAGGUACUGGGUUCCCACCAUUUUCCCUUCCUGACGUAUGGCAUAAGAUCUAUGUUGUAAGCACCAUAAGCCUUCAGCUGGAACUUCUUGUAUUUUGUCAGUCAUUGUGCCUAUGACCUAAGUCAAGUCUCAUACUAGGAUCUCAAGGUCAAGGUCAAGGUCAGAGGGCAGGGCAUAGAAGAGGAACCGAUAGAACAUAAGCCAGGAGAACCAGUCAUAGUGAGGUUCUACAAACCCAGCCCCCCACCCCGGGUUUUGCUCAGAAACAUGUCACCCCUGACAGCCUCUUUUCACUGAGCCCCCUAAGUUCUCCAAAGGGACCCUGAGGCCAGCUCAGAGACCACGUUGAGAAUACACAUCUCUAUGAAAUUAGAGUCUACCUUUUUAUAGCAGAAUAAAAUGGGUGGGGGAGAUCAGAAAAGAAAAUAUAGGACACGGCAGUUAUUUGCCUGUGAGAAGCACUAGAGGGCUUUUUCUUUCACAGCCUGGCCUCUCUGAGUAAAGUUCCUGCUGAGACUCCUUUCCCAAGAUGUAAGGCAAUUUUCUGUGUUUCCCUUACACACCAGCCAUUUAUUACCAAAGCCUUGGAUCGGACAACACAGAAAGUGAUGGAGAGUAAUCUGGAAGCAGGACUGUCCUUGGCAGGUUCGCUCAUGUAGGAUGAGGAGACAGUUUGCUUUGGGGCUGGAGAUCAGGUCCAGUCAAGGAUAUCGAAGGAUGGGGUAGAGGCUGAGUGAGUUAUAGAACGUCACCGAAGAAGAGACCAGACUGUCAAGGAAUGAGACACAGGAUGGAGUCACCAAACAGAAUAUGUGAACUGGUACUUCUGGGCUUUUGGCAGGCAGACCCUAAGGUAGAGCCACACUCCAAGAGCCACAAUCUAUCUUCCCAGGGUACCCUAAAAAAACAUGACUGGAUGUGAACAGUACAGACCCCAAUUUUCCCCACCUCCACUUGCCACCUCCCUAAGGCAAAAAGAGUAACUGAUGUGCCUCAGGUGCUGCUCCUUCUCCUGGAUGCAACCAGGGCAUCCAAAGCUGUGCAUCUGGCCCACAGCACGGGCUCAACAAAGGCUGACUAGAAUCCCAGAGAUCACCUGGCCUCGGAGAACAAGUGUGGUUUGAAAAGUUAAGAUGCCCUGAUGGAGAAAGGUUCCUGGAGCCCACUCUUUGUCUGCAGUUGUCCUUUGCAAAAUCACUAGGGAGGGAAGAAGAGUGGAAGGGGCAAAGAGCAGGUGACAAUAUUUUGUGCUUCCUCAUGGAAGCUGACAGGAAGGGACUUUUUUUUCCCCCCAAAGUAAUCUUUUCCAGGUAGAACCAGUAAAAGGAGCCCUCCCCACCACACCAGGAGCAAAGGCAGCCAGGCCAUGAUGUGCCCCACUUUUUCCACCCUGUGAGUCAUAGGACUGAGGAAACGGAGCUUUAAUUUGUUAAUGAGCCCAGCUCCUUGCCCCUGACCCACCCUUUUUAUCAGAUAUACUGUGGGAAGAUUCAUCGCUAUGAAGCCCAAUCCCCCAAAGUCCGAUGAGACAAGGGCAGCAGACACGAGAAGCUUCAGAAUGCUGGCGCUGGAUAUUAAUCACAGGAACAAAAUCAUGUUGGCUUUAAUGUUUGCUUUCUUUUAUCUGGGAGUGAAAACGUACCUCUCUUACCUGGACCCUUUAAACUGAGCAUUUCAGAGCAGAAGUGGGACACAAACACAUAAAUAUUGAGGGUUCUUUUCCUCAGCAGAAUGAGCUGUCAUUAAAAAAAGAAGAAGAACAAGAAGAAGCUAAGAGGUUAUUUCUAUUUACAAAGGCAGAGAAUCAACACACAGGUUUUAGGUCUAGACUCCAACCCCCCUCCCCCCGAGUGGAAAAAGGACAAUGAGGUAGCCUCUACUCUGAAAGGAUUCCUCAAGGGCCCAAGAGUAAGGGUUCAACUGGAUCCAUGACUCACAUCACUUCACCAUGAGUAAAAUGCAUGCAUGCAUGCAUCUUUGGAGGCAAAAGUGCAUUCAUCCUGGCCGUCAGGGAAGGCUGGGCUGUGGCUCUUACCAUUACCCACUCUCCACGAUGCAAAGGAGCCCUGGAGCUCUGGAAGGGAGUAUUGAUGGCCCUUUCACAGACACACUCUAGAAGGUUGGAAAUGGAGCAAAAGUUUUGGGCAAAGAAAAUUAGACUUGGCACCCGGGUGAGUCACUUGAACAGGAGGAGAAGAGAUAUGAAAUGAGAAGGUGGUAGAGGUAGAGAGUAAACUGGAGGCUGAUUAGGAUCAACAGCAUCCGAAGCAACCAGGAAGCCAGGGCACUGUUCUAUAUGUAAGCAUAUUCAUGUGUCAAAGGAAUCAUGGGUAAAUAAUGCCAUAUGACCGUAGAGGCAGUUUCUGUAGUUGCUUUACAAGCCAGGACCACUAGAAGUGGAUGAUGGAUCAAGCUCCCUGCCAGGUUUCCAACCUUAUCUGCUUCUCAGAAAGAGCUGUGGAUGCUGAAAAGGCAUAGCAGGCGACUGGAGAAAAAUAGAUGGAAAAUAGAAAGAGGAAAGCUUAUAGAGAAGCCAGUUGUUCCCAAGGAAACCUGUAGCUACUAGAACGGGCCUUGUAACGUUACUGCAUGUACAUUGUAAUGUCUGUAAGAAGGAGUCGGAAUGAUAGGACGGGGCAUUAGUUUAGGGUAUUGGAGUAAUAAGUAUAGAAUACCGGACAUGACUAAGUGAAGAGCAGCUGAUAAUAUAUAUGUAUGUAGAUAUAUACAUAUCUAUACUAUGGACGUGUGAUACAAAACAGAGAGGCCAUUAGUCCCAGCCAACCUUAAUUCUAUAGAUGCCUUAGGUUAUUCUUAUUUGCUUUUAGCUCUCAAAGCCCUGAAAGAAGUACCUGGAACACUGCAGGAGUCAUAAACAUUUGGAAGUGAAGCAUCUAGCUUGUCCUUACUUGGUGAAGACCCAGUAUAUCAGUAAACUCCAUAUUGACUGAACCAUAUAGAAGCAGGCCAACCACGCAGAUCUCCUAGCUUACAGAAGCCUCCGUGAAUCUUCAUAUUCUGUGCAGUAGUCAGACAGUGGCAGACACUGGCCAUGAACAGUGACAGUGCUGCACAUCGUUGCUUGCACACAUUUAGAACAUACCUGAAUAACAUCCCCAAUGCUGUUUCUACAGAGCAGAGGCUGCCCAACCUACCAUUGUCUCUGCCUUUCCCUAAGUACUUGCUAAAUAUUGUUCACUCUAUCAUCUUCUGUCAUUGAUGCUGGGACUAAAUAUAAAGGUUCUGGGUUCGGCCAAUCUCAGACCCUUCCCUCCCAUCUCUGGAGAUGAUGUCACCAUUUUUAAAGCCUUGUGUGAGAAGCCUGUUUGUUCCCAGCUCAAUGCAUGGGAAAGGCCUGAGAUGGACAGACUAUUUUAUCUACUGGAGUCUCUUUGGGGUUCACUCUGCAGAGAGAAAGAGCAGUCUCAUUGUAAGCAAUCACCCUCCACCUGCACCUGACUUCAUGGUGGCCGAAUGGUCAGUGCAGCUUGAGUGUCUUUCACGGGAGCCAGCUGCACUUGGGGUUUGUGUGUUCUUGGAACACAGUAGACUUCUGAGCCUCUGGAGCUGCCUCCAAGAAUGAAUCUCUUUAGUCUACAAAAUGUAUUUAUUUGGUAACUAUGCUAUUGUGUGUGUAUGAGUCUGAUACAAUGCAAACCUUGAAAUGUCUUACUAAAAGGAAUUAUGAAUUCAUAGAAAAUUGAAUCCAACUUCAGAACAGCGCAUUAUGUUGCCGGUCAAUAAGGUUGCCCAGCCACGGGGGACCAGAGAAAAGCCUUCCCCUCCCACCCCUUUCCUUAGUACCCUCUCCCUCCCUAAUUGCCCUACUAGGUUCUAACUGAUGCAGAGUGAAGGGUACCGAGAAAGUACAUGUACAUAAAGAUUUAAGAGGGACAUAACCCCUGGGGGAAUCAGUUGAGUUUCUUCCCAUGGCUGUGAUCUUAUCAUGCCUGAAUUCCAAACUUUAAAUUUCUAACAAUUUCGAUUCUUGAAGUUUCUGAGUAAUUUGUUAAAUGCCUAUUCAACACAGACAGAUAUUUAUUUUCAGCGUUGGCUUGUAAAUGCCUACAAACUGAUUCAUGUUGGUGGUCAUUACGACACUUCUGUGAAUUGGUUGAAUAAAUAUGAUUUUAGAAUUUCACAGUAA